ACCUGCCUUGGCUGACAAGAAAUUUUUAAAAAUCUAUUUAUUUCUAUCUUCUGGUAAAUAAUAUUCCCAUUGAAAAUCUAUGAAUAUGACUGCGAAAGAUGAAAAUCAAAAUGAAUCACGAGUGCCACAUCAAUGGAUGAUUAAAGAAUGCCCAAUUUACAAUCAAGAAUAUAGUGAUUGUACAUCCAUAAGAGCUAGAUUGCAUCAAUGGUUUGUAUUUGGCCAACUUGUGGAUUGUGGACAGUGGAAAAGGGACUCUUUGAAUUGCUGCAGAUGGGUCGAAGAGAAGGAUGUCAAUGCUGCAAAAGAAUUAAUUGAAAGUGAAAAGAAAAGAAGAAAAGAAAGGCUUCUGGCACACUACAGAAACAAUGUGUGGACAAAACGAAAGUCACCACCAGAAAACUGGAAUGCCCCUUUACCCGAUGAAAUACAGAAAGAAUACGAGUCUACCUAUCUUUAUGUAAAAUCCAAGGAAAUGAAAGGGGAAGCACCACCAACUUUUGACCCUAAUAUGAGUUUUUGUACGAUAAUGUGACAUGAAUGAAAAAUAGUGUAGACA